GCAGUCUGGCCUUGGCGCUCUCCCCAGCCUGACCAGCCAGUUUGGUGCCGCCGCGGAGGCCAUGCUUCCUUCCCUGCCAGUUUUGGCUCUGGGCUACCUGUUAACUCUGGCCCUGAGCCAGUCAUUCCAAUUGCGAGAAUAUGUCUUCCUCCAAUUUCUGGGCUUAGACAAGGUGCCUUCGCCCCAGAAAUUCCAACCUGUGCCUUAUAUCUUGAAGAAAAUUUUCCAGGAUCAAGAGGCAGCCGCAACUACCGGGGUUCCCCCAAACAUGUGCUACGUAAAGGAGCUGGGCGUCCCUGGGAAUGUGCUUCGACUUCUCCCAGACCAAGGUUUCUUUCUUUACUCGAAGAAACUUUCCCAAGCUUCCCCUUGUCUACAAAAGCUCCUCUACUUUAACCUGUCUGCCAUCAAAGAAAAGGAACAGUUAACAAUGGCCCAGCUGGGCCUGGACCUGGGGCCCCGCUCUUACUAUAACCUGGGACCAGAGCUGGAAUUGGCCCUGUUCCUGGUUCAGGAGCCUCACGUGUGGGGCCAGUCCACCCCCACGCCAGGUAAAAUAUUUGCAUUGCAGUCAGUACCGUGGCCUCAAGGUGCCCUUUACUUCAACCUGCCAGAUGUAGCUAAGGAUUGGAAUGACAACCCCCGGAAGAACUUGGGUUUAUUCCUGGAGAUACUGGUCAAAGAAGACAGAGACUCUGGGGUGGAUUUUCAGCUUGAGGAUACCUGUGCCAGACUGAGACGUUCCCUUCAUGCUUCCCUGCUUGUGGUGACCUUCAACCCUGAGCAGUGCCCGCCUUCCUCCCGAAAAAGGAGGGCAGCCGUUCCUGCCCUCAGGGCUUCUUGCAAGAACCUCUGCCACCGUCACCAGCUAUUCAUUAACUUUCAGGACCUGGGUUGGCACAAGUGGAUCAUUGCCCCCAAGGGGUUCAUGGCAAAUUACUGCCAUGGAGAUUGUCCUUUCUCACUGACCACCUCUCUCAACAGCUCCAAUUAUGCUUUCAUGCAAGCACUGAUGCACACAGUUGACCCAGAGGUUCCCCAGGCCGUCUGUAUCCCCACCAAGCUAUCCCCCAUUUCCAUGCUCUACCAGGACAAUGAUGACAAUGUCAUUCUACGACAUUACGAAGACAUGGUAGUUGAUGAAUGUGGCUGUGGGUAGGAUGUCAGAGAUAGGAAUAGGAAUAUUCCUAGGGCAAGUCCUGUAAUAAAACUACC